CCGGAGCCUGGGCAGAUGCUGGGACUCGCGGUGCGGCCUCAGCCCGGGCACGGGGGUCGCGACCGGACCCCGAAGUGAAGGGAGUCGCCGCUGGAGAGGGGCUCGGCGCCCGGCGGGGACUGCAGGCGAUGACUCAGGAUGCAGCCAGGGGCCACGACGUGCACGGAGGACCGCAUCCAGCAUGCCCUGGAGCGCUGCUUGCACGGGCUCAGCCUCAGCCGCUGCACCACCUCCUGGUCAGCUGGGCUGUGUCUAAACUGCUGGAGCCUACAGGAGCUGGUCAGCAGGGACCCGGGCCACUUCCUCAUCCUCCUCGAACAGAUCCUGCAGAAAACCCGAGAGGUCCUAGAGAAGGGCACCUAUGACCUCCUCGCCCCCCUGGCCCUGCUCUUCUACUCCACUGUCCUCUGUACACCACACUUCCCGCCAGACUCAGAUCUCCUUCUGAAAGCAGCCAGAACCUACCACCGAUUCCUGACCUGGCCUGUUCCUUACUGCAGCAUCUGCCAGGAACUACUCACCUUCAUCGAUGCUGAACUCAAGGCCCCAGGAAUCUCCUACCAGCGACUGGUGAGGGCCGAGCAGGGCCUGCCCAUUAGGAGUCACCGCAGCUCCACCGUCACCGUGCUGUUGCUGAACCCAGUGGAGGUGCAGGCCGAGUUCCUCGCGGUGGCCAACAAGCUGAGCACGCCCGGGCACUCGCCCCACAGCGCCUACAUCACCCUGCUCCUGCACGCCUUCCAGGCCACCUUUGGGGCCCACUGUGACCUCCCGGGUCUGCACUGUAGGCUGCAGUCCAAGACCCUGGCAGAGCUUGAGGACAUCUUCACGGGGACUGCAGAGGCCCAGGAGCUGGCCUCUGGCAUCAGGGAUGCAGCGGAGGCCCGGCAGUGGCUGAGGACCAAACUGCAGGCAGUGGCAGAGAAAGCUGGCUUCCCCGGUGUCUUAGACACUGCAAAACCUGGCAAGCUCCGCACCAUCCCCAUCCCUGUUGCCAGGUGCUACACCUACAGCUGGAACCAGGACAGCUUUGACAUCCUGCAGGAAAUCCUGCUCAAGGAACAGGAGCUGCUCCAGCCAGGAAUCCUGGGGGAUGAGGAGGAGGAGGAAGAGGAGGAGGAGGAGGACUUGGAAACGGACGGGCAUUGUGCUGAGAGGGACUCAGUGCUCUCCACGAGCUCGGCAGCCUCCCAAGACUCCACCCUGUCCCUCGCCUUGUCCCAGGCCUCAGGGCCCACCCUCUCCCGCCGGUUGCUGACGUCCUUUGUCUCCGGCCUCUCGGAUGGCAUGGACAGUGGCUACGUAGAGGACGGCGAGGAGAGCUCCUCUGAGUGGCCCAAGAGGCCUGGCAGCCAGGAGUGCCGGGGCCACCGCAGGCCGGGGCGGAAGUUCACCAGGAUCUAUAAACUCUUCAAGAGCACCAGCCAGCUGGUGCUACGGAGGGACUCUCGGAGCCUGGAGGGCGGCUCGCUCACAACACCGCCCCUGCGACGGGCAGGGAGCCUCUGCAGCCCCCUGGACAGCCCGGCGCUGCCCCCAACCCGGGCCCAGCGCUCCCGCUCCCUGCCCCAGCCCAAGCUCAGCACCCAGCUGCCCAGCUGGACCCUGGCCCCCGCCUCACGCCCUCAGCGCCGCCGCCCCUUCCUGAGCGGGGACGAGGACCCCAAGGCUUCCACGCUACGUGUCGUGGUCUUCGGCUCCGAUCGGAUUUCAGGGAAGGUGGCUCGGGCGUAUAGCAACCUGCGACGGCUGGAGAACAACCACCCGCUCCUCACACGGUUCUUCAAGCUUCAGUUCUUCUAUGUGCCCGUGAAGCGAAGCCAAGGGACCAGCUCCAGCACCUGCCCAGCCCCUCGGAGCCAGACGCCCCCACUCCCCACAGACUCCCCAAGGCACCCCAGCCCUGCAGAGCAGGGCACAGCCCCAUGGGAGGAGAGCACCAAUGACAUCUCCCACUACCUCGGCAUGCUCGACCCCUGGUAUGAGCGCAACGUGCUGGGCCUCAUGCACCUGCCCCCUGAAGUCCUGUGCCAGCAGUCUCUGAAGGCUGACUCCCGGCCCCUGGAGGGCUCCCCUGCCCAGCUGCCUAUCCUGGCGGACAUGCUGCUCUACUACUGCCGCUUCGCCGCCCGGCCGGUGCUGCUGCAGGUCUAUCAGACAGAGCUGACCUUCAUCACCGGGGAGAAGACGACGGAGAUCUUCAUCCACUCCCUGGAGCUGGGCCACUCUGCUGCCACUCGCGCCAUCAAGGCUUCAGGUCCUGGCAGCAAGCGGCUGGGCAUCGAUGGUGACCGGGAGGCCAUCCCUCUAACACUACAGAUUAUUUACAGCAAGGGGGCCAUCAGUGGACGAAGUCGCUGGAGCAACAUGGAGAAGGUCUGCACCUCCGUCAACCUCCACAAGGCCUGCCGGAAGCAGGAGGAGCUAGACUCCAGCAUGGAGGCCCUGACGCUAAACCUGACAGAAGUGGUGAAAAGGCAGAACUCCAAAUCCAAGAAGGGCUUUAACCAGAUUAGCACAUCGCAGAUCAAAGUGGACAAGGUGCAGAUUAUUGGCUCCAACAGCUGCCCCUUUGCCGUCUGUCUGGACCAGGAUGAGAGGAAGAUCCUGCAGAGUGUGGUCAGGUGUGAGGUCUCACCCUGCUACAAGCCGGAGAAAAGCAGCCUCUGCUCCCCAACCCAGAGGCCCCCCUACCCGCCGGCCCAGGCCGCGCCCGACAUCUGCUCCCUCCUCUGCCUGCCCAUCAUGACCUUCAGCGGAGCCCUGCCCUAGCGCAGCCCGGCACCAGCCUGGACAGGAAGCCCCGGGGCAGCCUCCUUUGAGCCCCCCUUCUCAGAGAGGACAGUCGCUGUGAGGGCCUUGCUCCCCAUGGAGAACUGAGUGGCCCUCUGCUGGGUUAGGGUCCUGCUCUGGGCCCUGCGAUGGGCAAGGGGCAGGGGGGUGAUGGUUUCUGGGGCCUCAGGGCUCUGGGAAAUAAACAGGCAUUAGGGGGAGAGGGGCCUGGCUACACAGCCCCUCAGAUUCCUCACGGUAGAAAGGAGAGGGUUGGGGGGCUCACCUCUGAAGGCCCUGGCUACUAGUGUGCUCUAGGAUCUUUUCUAGAAGAAAGGUCUGAGGCUCUGGUGCUCUAGGGUGUGGUUUAGGCCUCCUCCCAACCCUUGGCCGGGCCCACCCCUUACUUGGUCAAAGACUUGUGUCUGGAGUUCAGUCCCCCUACUCUGGGGUUCAGGUGGUGGAAACGUGGAUGAGACUCUUUUUUCCUGACCUCAGUACCAUCCUCCCCACCUCUCUCUCUCUCUCUCUCACAUACACACACGCACAGACACUCUUUCUCUCCCUCAAGUCCCCUGGGUCUUUUUGAAAACAGCACUAACACUUUACCUGUCUACUGUCAGGACCCGGAACAGAUUCUCUCUGGAGCCCACUUCUGGCUCGAGACUGUGGGAGACAGGACAGGCUUGGAUUCACUAGCGCCUUGGUUACCUUCCAGCCCAAAGACCAGAAGGAAGUUAAUUAGCUCCUUCAAGCCUCCCUUUCCUGAGCACUAAGAUGAGGGGAAAUAACGCCUUCUCAAAGGGUGGGAGGGAAAUUGUCUGCUAAGCUCCUGGUCCAGUGGCUAGCUCAGGGCAGGCGCUCAGUAAAGAUUCGCGGCCUUUCCCACUAAACGCUGACUCCCCCGCCUGGUCCUGGGGUGCUCUCACAGCCUCUGGGAUGCUCUUCAUUCACUCCUCUCCAGUUCCCUGAUGAGGCAGGACCAAGACAGAGGGGGUAAGGAGUGAUCGGUUUUACCCUCCAGAGGAGGAAUUGCCUUUGUCAGAGUAAGAGGAGGGUUGCCCACGUGCCCCCAGCCUUCAUCUCCUUCUCUCCCAGGUUGACCCCUGUGCCCCUACUCCCACCUCACUCCUUGGGCUGAUGCACAUUAUGUGUGGAAUCUUCCAGCCCCAAAGUCCACUGGCACCAUUCUGGCGCCUAGGCAAGACCCCAGAGGAGCAGCAGAUGGAGUGCCUGGCCUCGCGGAGCUUAGUAACUGAUUGGGGUAAAUGGAUGAUAGCGUGAGAGCCCAAAACAUAAAACUGCCAGGCUGGAGUGGUUUGAGGAGUCGGAAGCACGCGUGGGCUGGGGUGCUAGAGUGGAGGGUGGGGCGAGGGCCCGGGAUUUGGACUGGGAGAGCUGGGGAAAGUAACAUGGACGCAGACAAUUGUAUCCUGCAUAGAGUCCCUCCUUCCCUUCCUUCUCCUGCUCCAUCCUGCCUCAAGGGUUCUGGGCUUACAGGAGCCCAUGAAACCCCAGCCCCCAGUACUCAUGACUUGAAAGAAGUGCACAGAGUCAGCUCCUUCCCUGUAUCACCAUUCCUCCCCUGUCCUAGCCGUCUCUACCUGCUCCAGGCUCCAGAAGGGUGGUCGGCCAUAAACCUUCAAUGCUUUUUGUUGUGUGAGCAGGUUGUCCUACACGAUCAAAAGACGUCCAAGAAUAAGCAAAUGGAAUUUAAUAUUAUUGUCAAAUAAAACUUGAUUUGUCCUGUG